AUGCCAAGCGCCGAUAUAAGGCUCCUGACUGACCUCGAAUCGAGGUAUAUCCAUAGCGUGCACCUGUUUAACCCCAUAUUGCAUCUUCCAACACUGCACGAUCUGAUUCUUCGCGUCGCAGAAAGCCAGUUCGAUUGGUCACCUGAGGCAUGCCUCGUUGCGCUUGUGUGUGCCAUCGGUGCUAUGACCGAGCCAUUAGAGAUAUCCCAAACGCCUGAAGCGUCCAGCGGAGUCGAUCCAGAUGAGUCUCGAAGUCGUAGCAACCCCAGCCUGGCCAUCGGGUACUGGAACGUCGCAUCUAAGCGCCUGGGCCUCGUCCUCGACCGGAAUGACAUAACGGCUGUGCAAUGUUUGUGCCUGGCAGGGAUAUGGCACAUGCUGAACCUACAACCGCUCCAAGCUUGGAAGUACUUUAGCCAUGCUGGAAACGCAUGGUUCUGCACAGUCAUGCGCAAUGGCCCGUUGCCCAAGCCUCCUGAACGAACUCACUUUGGUCCGAUCUGCGUCCAAGAUGCUCUAUGCUUCACGAUUUGGAAAUCUAUCUGUGAGCUGCACCCCGAAUUGUCACUUCCUCCCUCAGUUUUGCAGGACUGCGAAGUCCUUCGUCCGUUUCCAACACUGCCAGACCUGGACGAUCCAAGACUUGGCGACCCCUUGAUAGACAGCGAGCGCAGCUGGCUCUACUAUCUAGCUGAGAUUGCUGCGCGCCACCUCAUAAAUGACCUUCUCGAAUGUCAUGUUUACGACUUUGACAACCUCCAGCGUGCGGAUGUUGCACGAAUGAUACGUCACACCGAGAUAUUCGAGGCGCAGAUCGAUGAGUGGCGUUCAUCCUUGCCUGCUCAGCUCCAAUUCGAUAUGCCUACGGACUGGACUCUUCCAGGACUAGAUCACCCUAUGACUAUGGUGUUGAGGCAGCGGUACCUGUCGAGCCUCGAGUUGACAUACCGGCCCUUGCUACGGUUGUGCACCGACUUUUCCCUGGAAGAUUUCCAAGGAUAUGACGCAUUGCUUCUAAGCAGAGUUGUCAAACUGGCUUCGCAAAACCUACGAUUCUCAUACUUGAAGAUCCUCAACACAAGCAAGAGUCUACACCAGGGGACUUGGUUCAACCUUCGCAGCUUGACCGGAUCAUGCCUCCGAUUCGCUGCGGCAGAGAAAGCUCAACGGGAGGGAAAGCUGGCCGGCGCACAAGAGGUUCAGAUGCCGCCAGAUUGGAGAUCUUGUGUAAUGAAAGGGAUAGAGACUCUGGAGCCGUACUGGGCUUCAAAACGCGGUGGAGGAGCAGGUUUGAUGGAACUAAUGGACCAAGCCCUGGCGAUGUAG